AUGGCGCUGUUAUUGCUGGUGCUGCUGGUGUGGCUGGAGCAGGAGGGACCGGUGCGAGCUGCGGGCUCGGUGCGUCUGGCGGGCGGCCUCACGCUGGGCGGUCUGUUCCCAGUGCACGCGCGCGGCGCGGCCGGCCGUGCGUGCGGCCAGCUGAAGAAAGAGCAAGGUGUGCACCGGCUCGAGGCCAUGUUAUACGCGUUGGACCGCGUGAACGCCGACCCGGAGCUGCUACCUGGCGUGCGCCUGGGCGCGCGGCUGCUGGACACCUGCUCGCGGGACACGUACGCGCUGGAGCAGGCGCUGAGCUUCGUGCAGGCGCUGAUACGCGGCCGAGGCGACGGAGACGAGGCGGCCGUGCGCUGUCCCGGGGGCGUCCCUCCGCUACGCACCGCGCCCCCUGAGCGCGUGGUGGCGGUGGUGGGCGCCUCGGCCAGCUCGGUCUCCAUCAUGGUGGCGAACGUGCUGCGCCUGUUCGCGAUUCCCCAGAUCAGCUAUGCGUCCACAGCGCCGGAGCUCAGCGAUGCCACACGCUAUGACUUCUUCUCCAGAGUGGUACCCCCAGACUCCUACCAGGCCCAGGCCAUGGUGGACAUUGUGCGGGCCUUGGGCUGGAACUACGUGUCCACACUGGCCUCCGAGGGCAACUAUGGCGAGAGUGGGGUAGAGGCCUUCGUGCAGAUCUCCCGCGAGGCUGGUGGGGUCUGUAUUGCCCAAUCCAUCAAGAUUCCCAGGGAACCAAAGCCAGGCGAAUUCAACAAGGUGAUCAAGAGGCUCAUGGAGACCCCCAAUGCACGGGGCAUCAUCAUCUUUGCCAGCGAGGACGACAUCAGGCGAGUCCUGGAGGCCACGCGCCAGGCCAACCUAACUGGCCACUUCCUGUGGGUGGGCUCAGACAGCUGGGGAUCUAAGACCUCCCCAAUCCUGAGCUUGGAGGAAGAGGCUGUGGGGGCCAUCACCAUUCUUCCCAAGAGGGCUUCCAUUGACGGCUUUGACCAGUACUUCAUGACUCGCUCCCUGGAGAACAAUCGCAGGAACAUCUGGUUUGCGGAAUUCUGGGAAGAGAAUUUUAACUGCAAGCUGACCAGCUCUGGCAGACAAAAUGAGGAAGCCGUUCGCAAGUGCACAGGUGAGGAACGCAUCGGCCAGGACUCUGCCUAUGAGCAGGAAGGAAAGGUGCAGUUUGUGAUCGACGCUGUGUACGCCAUUGCCCACGCCCUCCACAGCAUGCACCAGGCCCUCUGCCCUGGGCAAACAGGCCUGUGCCCGGCUAUGGAACCCACAGAUGGGAGGACUCUGCUCCAGUACAUUCGAGCUGUGCGCUUCAAUGGAAGUGCGGGAACCCCUGUGAUGUUCAACGAGAACGGAGAUGCACCGGGCCGCUAUGACAUCUUCCAGUACCAGGCGGCCAAUGGCAGUGCCAGCAGCGGAGGGUACCAGGCUGUGGGCCAAUGGGCAGAGGCCCUCAGACUGGAUGUAGAAGCCCUCCAGUGGUCAGGCGACCCGCAUGAGGUGCCCCCGUCUCAGUGCAGCCUCCCCUGUGGGGCUGGAGAGCGGAAGAAGAUGGUGAAGGGCGUGCCCUGCUGCUGGCACUGUGAGGCCUGCGAUGGCUACCGCUUUCAGGUGGAUGAGUUCACGUGUGAGGCCUGCCCAGGGCACAUGAGGCCCACACCCAACCACACAGGCUGCCGGCCCACGCCUGUGGUCGGCCUCACCUGGUCCUCCCCCUGGGCGGCCCCACCUCUCCUCCUGGCUGUGCUGGGCAUCGUGGCCACCACCACGGUGGUGGGCACCUUCAUUCGCCACAACGACACACCCAUUGUGCGCGCCUCCGGCCGUGAGUUGAGCUACGUGCUCCUCACUGGCAUCUUCCUCAUCUACGCUGUCACCUUCCUUAUGGUGGCUGAGCCUGGGGCAGCCGUGUGUGCUGCUCGCCGCCUCUUCCUGGGCCUGGGUACCACACUCAGCUACUCGGCCCUGCUCACCAAGACCAACCGCAUCUAUCGCAUCUUCGAGCAGGGCAAGCGCUCCGUCACACCCCCACCAUUCAUCAGCCCCACCUCGCAGCUUGUCAUCACCUUCAGCCUCACCUCCCUGCAGGUGGUGGGAGUGAUAGCGUGGCUAGGGGCCUUGCCCCCACACAGCGUCAUCGACUAUGAAGAGCAGCGCACGGUAGAUCCAGAGCAGGCCAGAGGGGUGCUCAAGUGCGACAUGUCGGAUCUGUCCCUCAUCGGUUGCCUGGGCUACAGCCUCCUGCUCAUGGUCACAUGCACCGUGUAUGCCAUCAAGGCCCGUGGUGUCCCUGAGACCUUCAAUGAGGCCAAGCCCAUUGGCUUCACCAUGUACACCACCUGCAUCGUCUGGCUGGCCUUCGUGCCCAUCUUCUUCGGCACUGCCCAGUCUGCUGAAAAGAUCUACAUCCAGACAGCCACACUGACCGUGUCCUUGAGCCUCAGUGCAUCGGUGUCCCUUGGCAUGCUCUACGUGCCCAAAACCUACAUCAUCCUGUUCCACCCCGAGCAGAAUGUGGCCAAGCGGAAGCGGAGCCUCAAGACCACCUCCACAGUGGCAGCAGCCCCACUCAAGGGAGAGGACACACAGGAGCCUAAGUAGCAAGGCAUGCUGGAACUGGGAGACCAGCUGCUCCCUGUCUUCUCUUGUGCUUGCUUCCUGCUGGAAGCCGGCGAGAACUCUUAUUCAUUGUCCCUGAAGGGAGUCCCUGAAGCCUGCACCCAGUGUGGAUGGGGCCAGCCUUGUGCAAAGAUCCGAACUAUAUCCCAUGAUAAUCCUCUGCAUUUCUGCACAGUUCAACCUGCCCUUUCUUCUCUGUAGGCUAGACCUUCCUACUUUCGGUGGGCCAAGAGAACUCCCCACUCCAGUCUCUGAUGUGAAGGUCAAAGGUGACAAAGAUUCCCUGGCCAUUAGGUGAGAUUCCCAGCCCUUGACCAGCCAGUAAGUAACCUGGGGAUAGGGCAGUAUAGGAGAGCCAGUAGACUCCAGGAUGAAAUUGGUGCCAUGGGUUGAGUCAAGACUUUCCGCUUAGAGCAACUUGCACAGGAUCUUGUCUGUAGUGAGGAUGGACCUUAACAGAGGAAUUUAGGAUGGAAGCAAAACUUAUUUGCUAGGAAGGCCUUUGGGUGAAAUGAGCAGAAGUACAGCCUCAUUCACUUUCAUAUCAUCUUCAUUCUGAAAAAGCCAGGUAUCAGGUAUAGAACUUUGUGUUUCUGGGAGUCAGACUUUGUACGUGUCCAACUGACUUCUUGCUUGUUGGGGGAAUUUCCUCCAGGGUUCACGUUCUAAGCUUAUUUUGAAGGCCAACCACACAAGGGCUAACACAAAACUCUCCUCUACCAUGCUGGACUUAGUGUGACUUGAAAGGCAUCUCCUGGGAGCACUACCACUGGGAAGAGACUCACCUUGUUACUCUUGUCUCCUGGGGUUUUUCUGCUUGUGAAUUAGUGAAUUGUCUUGUGCUUGCAAAGCAUGGUGUUUCCCAGGCUUAUCUGCAGUGUGCAUGCUCGGAUGGGUCUCCUUGCAACAUCAAGCUUCUGCCUAUUAGUGCUGCCACAGGCAUUUA